AUUUGUCAUUUAAAGUUCAGUUAAAGGAACACAGCCGAGAGAUCGGCCGUCAACUUGCGCGGGUGCAAUCAACGUGGCAGUGCAAUCAUUGACCUUUUAUUGCAAUAUGGCAUGUCAGAACCUGUUACAUUUAUUAGCUUUCGUGAUAGUGAUAUCCCAUCUUUCGCAGAAUGUCGUAGCGUUGAAUAUUCUCGCUAUUAUCUCUUUACCAUUGAAAAGCCAUUACAUGGCCUUUCAAACGCUGUUUCGUGAACUAGCCAUCAGAGGACACUCGGUUACCGUAAUUAACAAUUUCCCGGACGUCGAACCUCCACCGAACUUGAAGUUUGUAAAUAUAUCAACACCGAGCGUAAUAAGUGUCAUGCCUUCCAUGAUCGAAUUUGAACGUACCAAAGACGUUCUUUUACUGGAAUUUAUAAAUUUUCAAACUCACUUUGUUAAGGGAGUUCAACGCGGGGAAGUGGAGUGCGAAAAUUUGUUCCUGAACGAAAAUAUGAAACAGUUUCGGGCUAAAGGAGAAAAGUUUGACGUGAUAUUUGCGGAACAGUUUAUAAGUGAUUGUGGACUCGUGUAUGCUGCGACGAUGUACGACGCUCCCAUCAUUGGUAUAACAUCCCACACAUUGUUGCCCUGGGCUUAUCCGAGGCUGGGGAUACCGUUUGACUUCAGCUCAGAUGCCUUUUACUUUACCGGGGCGGGUACAAAUCCAAGUCUCUUCAGAAAAGUACAAUCCUAUCUCUUCAACCUCUAUAUGACUACACUUGGACGAUUUAGAAUUCAACAAAACAUUUAUAAGGUUUUUGACAAGUAUGUACCAAAUAAUCACUUGGAUAUAGAGAAGAUUGCGAAGGAAAAAAUGAAAAUGAUGUUUGUUUAUCAGCACCACUCGAUCACAGGAACUCGUCUAUUGGCACCAACCCUUCUUGAAAUAGGUGGAAUCCAUAUCCGAAAACCGGAGCCCUUGCCCAAGAAUAUAGAAAAGUUUAUAGCCAGUGCGAAAGAUGGAGUAAUAUACGUGAGUUUCGGAUCUAACCUGAAGGCGAGUACAAUGUCCAGCAAUAAAUUGCAGCAAUUUCUAGAUGCAUUUAAGAAGAUUCCGCAGAAGAUUCUCUGGAAAAUGGAGAACAGUACUCUUACUGCUGGCAAUGACAAUGUGUUGGCCAACGCUUGGUUUCCUCAACUGGAUAUUUUGUGCCAUCCCAAUGUGCUCGCCUUCGUAUCGCAUGGUGGUAUGCUGAGCAUCUCCGAGGCUGCCCAUUGCGGCAAGCCUCUAUUGACGGUACCUUUCUUCGGAGAUCAGUUCUCCAACUCAGCGGCCGUCAGAGAAAGCGGGCUUGGCACGACCUUGCACUUCCACGAGAUCACUGCUGAAACAUUGUCUGCAGCUAUACGACAGUUAACUUCACCAAAGAUGCAGCAAAAUGCCAAACGUGUCUCACAACUAUGGCACGAUAGACCUCAGCCUGUGAUAGAUACCGCCAUCUAUUGGACCGAGUACGUAGCAAGAUAUGGUACUGUAACAGCUGCGUUGCCUUCUACAAAGAAAACGUGGUUCGACAGGUCGCUAAUAGAUGUCUAUAGUGUCCUGUUAGGAAUUUUGCUAGCACUUGUCUCUGUACUUUACGUCGUUUUUAGGGUAGUUAAUGAAAUUUUAAAGCAAGUUUUAAAGUCUAUUUCGGUAUCCCGAAAUAUACAUAGUAUCGAUAAGAAAAAACGUUCGUAGUUUCUGUAAUAUUACAGCAGGCACACAUUUCCA